CAUCAUCAUCAUCAUCUGAUUCUGAUCCUUUCUGCGUAUUGACUAACUAUUGUGUAUGGGAAAUGAAAACCAACCCAAAAAAAAUUGUGGCCGGGCGCUACUUAUCCAUGCCAGAGCCAGAAAUCAGCAGAAAUUUACAAAACCAAAAAACUCCCAGCACCCGCACGCUCCCUCCCUUUUCUUCCACGUGGCAUGCCACCAUCCAUCGUCUCAAUUCUCUCUCUCCCUCGUUUAUUUUACUUCCACCAAUAUACCAUUACACAUCUCGCAUUUCCCCACCCAAAUUUCCUUUAGUUUAUGGCUUCUGUUGCUAUUAUUCCUCAAAGAUAGAUAGAUAGAUUGUAAUAAAAUAGGUGGGAAUCGGUUCCUUCACCAACGCCAAUUGAUUAUUACUGUUUUCUAAUCCAAAUUUCAGGGUGGGAAUAAUAGGUUUCGGAGGCAUGCUAAUUUGGCAAAAGCGGUAAAUGCUGGUGGAACUGCAUUUCCAUUCCAAUUUCGAACUUGUUGUUGCAUUCGCGUUUGCGCCUCAAACGCUAACUCUUCAGUGCCCGCGGCAUCUGAUUCCCUCCCAUUCGCUCUCUCCACCAUGUCCACGCCUAUUUAAUCCCUGCACGAUGCGAAUUCCCGAGGGGCGCCUCACCUUUUCUCUCUCCAAUCUCUCUCCUCGACUCGCACCUCUUUUGUCUCCUCGCCUUCGCUUCUUUUCUGGAAUCUGCGCCAAACGCCCUCACUCCGUCGCCAACGCCACGUCACCAGGAGUUAAUCCGUUGCAUGCUCAAUAUUCAAUGGACGGCAACCAUGAAAUUGGUGUACAUGAUUCAGGAUUGGUGGGUUCGCCUGGCAGUGAUGGCAGAAAACAGCCACGUGUAUGGUCAUCUCCCGAACAUGGAUUUAAAACUGAAAUAAGCAAGCAGAUAUUCUGUAAUCGAUCACUGAAUAUGAAGAACAUCGUUGCUGUGGGAUUUGACAUGGAUUAUACUCUGGCACAGUACAAGCCUGAAACUUUUGAAUCUCUUGCUUAUCAAGGCACAAUUAAAAAGCUGGUUUAUGAUUUGGGAUACCCUCGUGAGUUACUAAAUUGGUGUUUUAACUGGAAGUACAUGGUCAGAGGCUUGGUUCUUGACAAAAAAAGAGGAAACAUAUUGAAGAUGGAUCGCCACAAGUAUGUGAAAGUAGCCUAUCACGGAUUUAGAGAGUUGUCAAAAGAAGAUAAAGUUGGAACCUAUGGAAAUACUUUAAUACGUGAUUCCUUUGAUGAACCGGAUUAUGCUCUAAUUGAUACUCUCUUUUCACUUGCGGAGGCCUACUUGUUUGCUCAAUUGGUUGAUUUCAAGGAUUGUAAUCCCGGCAAGAUUCAAGAGGGUGUUGACUAUGCUCGCAUGUACAAAGAUGUUCGAGCUGCAGUUGAUUUGUGUCACCGUGAUGGAACAUUGAAGCAAAUGGUUGCUAAAGAACCAAAAAGGUAUAUUAAUGAAGACUCCUCAAUAGUGCCCAUGCUUGAAAUGCUCAGAGACUCUGGUCGUGCAACAUUUUUAGUGACAAAUAGUUUAUGGGACUAUACAAACAUUGUCAUGAAUUUCCUCUGUGGAUCCAGCAUGGAAGAUGUCAGUAACAAUUUUUUCUGGCUUCAAUACUUUGAUGUUGUAAUCACUGGCAGUGCAAAGCCGGGUUUUUUUCAUGAGGAAAAUCGUGCCAACCUAUUUGAGGUUGUGCCUGAGACGGGAAUGCUUCUCAAUACAGAUAAUGGCUCUCCCAUGCCCCAGGUGGGUAAUACCUCAGCAAGGUUGUUCACAGAAGCAAAGAAUCAUGCCUGUCCAGUUUUCCAGGGAGGCAAUGUUGCUCAUCUUCAUAAACUGCUUUCCAUUGAAUCUAGUUCUCAGGUUCUCUACGUUGGGGAUCAUAUUUAUGGAGAUAUAUUACGCAGCAAAAAGGUUCUUGGAUGGAGAACAAUGCUUGUAGUCCCAGAACUUGAGAAGGAAGUUAAACUUCUCUGGGAAUCUAGGGAUACCCGCAAGGAACUUCAAUUCUUGAGGAGUGAGCGUGACCGCAUCGAGGAUGAAAUACAUCAUUUGAAGUGGUCUCUCAAAUUCAAGAAUCCAGAUGCUGAUUCCAAGCAGAAGUUAUCUUCAGAACUUGAUACGUUGGAGCUUGAGAGAGAGAGAGUGAGAUUAAGGCAUCAAGAAGCUCAAAGAAAAUUACAUCAAAGGUUUCACGAGCCAUGGGGUCAGCUUAUGAAAACUGGUUAUCAGAAUUCUCGCUUUGCUCAUCAGGUUGAGAGAUUUGCUUGCCUGUAUACUAGCCAAGUAUCUAACCUGGGCUUGUACUCUCCAGACAAGUAUUACAGACCUAGUGAAGAUUUCAUGCAGCAUGAAUUUGGCAUUGUGGCUUAUGAGUCACCAGACACUUAAGUCGAGUAAUUUGGGGUAGUUUGAGUUUGGAAAGCGAAUUCUGCUGUGCCCCGUGUUCAAUAUUCCGGUUCUCAUCUCCCUUCUUUUUCAUUGGUCAUAGCUCUGGUUAGCAAUUCAAAGUGCUACAUAAUAUUUUAAACUUCUAUUACACGGGAUAAAGAAAAAUACCACAUUUUAGCAUUGUAUAUUUGUUUUGUCAGGCUCUCUACAAAAAGUAAUUGGUACUACUACGCAGUUGGAAUUUACACAUUUACACUAAUUUAAUUUCAUCAUUUUUUUGGCAUA